AUUGGAACCUCUAUGGUCUAUUUCGUAAAAGUGAAUUCUAGGGGUAAUGAAAAUUUCUCAUCAUCAUGGAACUAACCGUAUCCAAAAACAGCGGUGGCAGUGAAACGACGAUGGUUUUAGCGGCGGCGGCAUCGCCGCCGGUCAACUCAAAGGCGAUCCGCUCCGCUCCUCUCUUCCCUUUCUACCUCCGCCACAGCAAAAACACCUUGAGAGCGCAAUUUGUCGAGGUCAAGAAGAAGACCACUGCUUUCGCUUCUUCCAUCUCUUUCUCCCCCUUGCAAUCCUCUCGUUCUCCUUCGCGCCCUCAGCUUCUACUAGAUCUAUGCGCCCAGGGCCACCUCGAAGAGGCCCUCCGCCUACUCCUCUCCGCGGAACCAUCUGCCUUGCACUCUCUCUCCGAUGGCAUAGGCCUCCUCAUCCAGGCCUGCGGCGCCCAGGGCGACCUCGACCUCGGCCGCUGCGUCCACGCCCUCCUAGACUCCUCCUCUGAACUCAUCUCCAAUUCUGUCCUCACCACUCGCCUUCUCACCAUGUACUUCGCCUGCGGCGCCCCCGCCGACGCCCGUCGGCUCUUCGAUUCCCUCGCAAAAAGGAACCUUUUUCAAUGGAACGCCUUGAUCAGCGGAUACACGCGCUGCGACCUUUUCCCUGAAGCUAUCGACGCCUUCCUGCAGUUGAUGUCCGUGGCCGAGCUCCAACCCGACAAUUUCACCAUCCCCUGCGUCGUCAAGUCUUGCGCCGGGCUGAUGGAUGAGUCGGCCGGGAAAUCCAUACAUGGAGUGGCCGUGAAGCUUGGAUUGGCUUCUGAUACUUUCGUCAACAAUUCUCUGAUUUCGAUGUAUGGCAAAUGCGGUCGCGUCGAUGGUGCCUCUCAUGUGUUCGAUACGAUGCCGGAGAGAAACUUGGUUUCCUGGAACUCAAUGAUUUCUGUGUUUUCUGACAAUUUGUUACUGGAAGAUGGAUUCAGCUUGUUCACGGAGAUGUUGUUGGUCGUCGCCGAUGAUAACUUCAAACCGAAUGAUGCCACGAUCGUUACAGUACUUCCUAUGUGCGCGGUAGAAGGAUGGCUCGAGAUGGGAAGAGUUCUUCAUGGAUUGACAGUGAAACUGGAUUUAGUUCAUGAACUCAGAGUGAGCAAUGCUUUGGUUGAUAUGUAUGCAAAGUGUGAUUGUUUACCGGAUGCGCAAAAGCUCUUCGAUAACAACCUCAACAGGAAUGUUGUGUCAUGGAACACGAUAAUCUGUGGCUUGUCAAGGAAUGGAGAUGUCAAGAGGACCUUUGAUCUUCUCCACCAAAUGCAAGAUAAAGGAUUCAACGCCGAUGAGGUGACUGUGUUGAAUGUCUUGCCGGCUUGUUCAUCGCCGUCAGAAUUACGAGCUGUGAAGGAAGUCCAUGCUCAUGUGAUCAGAAAUGAACUGCACAGCAAUGAAUUGGUUCCAAAUGCUCUGAUGGCAGCUUAUGCAAAAUGUGGAUCUCUAAACUAUGCAGAUAAUGUCUUCGAAAGAGUGAAGAUCAAGACUGUUGGCUCAUGGAAUGCAAUUGUAGGAGGUUAUGCACAGAACGCUGAUGCUAACAAAGCCAUCCAAUUAUUCCUUCAGAUGUCGUCUUCCGGCAUACAGCCUGAUUGGUUUACCAUAGGAAGCAUGUUGCUUGCUUGUGCUAAUCUUCAGGAUCUUCCUGAUGGAAAGUCCCUCCAUGGUUAUGUCCUGAGGAAUGGCUUGGAGAAGGAUUCAUUCAUUUUGAUCUCACUUAUCUCAGUUUACAUCCAAUGUGGACGAGCAACUGAAGCGAGGUUUUUGUUUGACGGCAUGGAGGUUAACGAUUCUGUCUCGUGGAAUGCCAUGCUUGCUGGCUACUGUCAGAAUGGACUUCCAUUGGAAUGCCUCGAGCUUUUUCGCCAAAUGCAGCAUGACAGACAUGGACCUACAAUUUUCGCAACCACCAGUGCCUUCACGGCUUGCUCUGAACUAUCUGCCUUGCGGUUAGGGCAAGAGGCACAUUGCUAUGCACUGAAGAAUGGCUUUGCAGAGGAUACCUUCCUUAGCAGUUCAGUAAUCGAUAUGUAUGCGAAAUGUGGUGCCGUGGAGCAAGCCCGGACCUUCUUUGGCAACAUAAAGAACAAAGAUGUGGUCUCAUGGACUGUGAUGAUCACUGGAUACGCUAUCAAUGGCCUCGGGCACGAAGCAAUACAACUAUACAAAAUGAUGGAAGCACAAGGGUUGAAGCCUGAUGCAUUCACCUAUGUCGGCAUUUUAAUGGCAUGCAAUCAUACAGGAUUGGUGGAAGAAGGAUUGGGCUACUUCGAGGAGAUGAAAAACAAGCACGGUAUCGAUCCAAAGUUGGAACACUAUGCGUGUGUUGCAGACAUGCUUGGGCGUGUAGGGAAGUUGGCGGAAGCAUUAACAAUCAUCGAAGAGAUGCCUGAAGAACCUGAUGGCAGAAUCUGGAGUGCAUUGCUUGCAGCGUGCAGAACUCAUGGUGACAUAUGUUUGGGGGAGAAAGUUGCUGAGAAACUGUUAGAUUUGGAGCCACAGAGAUCUGAGCAUUAUGUUUUGGCGUCGAACCUCUUUGCAAGCCAAGAGAGGUGGGAUUGCGUUCGAAGAAUUAGACACCGAAUGAAAGAGAUGGACCUCUACAAGGACCCUGGUUUUAGUUGGAUCGAUGUGGGUGGUCGAGUUUACAACUUUGUUUCGGGUGAUAAUCAACUUCCAGAAUCCGAUGACAUUCAUAGAAUGUGGUGUGUUCUCGAGGAGAAGUUGAGGACAAUUGGAUAUGUUCCCGACACUAGUGUAGUGUUACAUGAGUUGAACGAGAAGGAGAAGCUUAAGAUAUUGCAAGGCCAUAGCGAGAAACAAGCGAUAGCUUUCGGGCUGUUGAAGACGAAUGGAAACACGAAAAUUAGGGUGUGCAAGAACAUAAGGAUAUGCAGAGACUGCCAUAACACAGCCAAGUUGCUUUCGAAAGUGGUAGAGCGGGAAAUUAUCGUGAGAGACAAUAAGAGGUUCCAUCAUUUUAGAGAUGGUUCAUGUUCUUGCAAAGAUUUUUGGUAA